GCCGCAGCUCCCGCAACCAGACUCCAAGGGUUUGAGUGACACGUGGACCAGCAUCAAGCUGCCUAACUACUCUAUCCAACGCAACAAAGACAGAAGGACUCGUCCAAAAUGUGUCGUUGCAAGACCCUGUCAAAAUGGAAGAUUCCUGCCAAGUAUUUUCAUGGAGAGCCAGAAGAUUAAAGAAACUCCAAAGUUCAUCACAUCCUAUCGACCUCCGGAUGCUCUGGAAAGCCAAAUAAUGUUGGUGAAGACGGGGAAGUUACCUCUUGGACCGUUCCAGAACCACAGACCUCACGACUUCAGACAACUCAACGAAGACCUUCCAAACAUGGACACUUCCUAUGAGAAGGACCCUGCUGACCUCAAGUUCAAGUUAAAACACUUGGACGUUUUGGGGGCCGCCACAGCGGAAUCAAACACACGCAUGCAGGACAUCAGGACGCAGCGAUAUGGACAUAGAGACGACGAUUGGGACAUGAGGCUGAUCCUCCCUCUGCUGCCUUGGCCUCCAAAACAAACUACCACUACAAACCGACCGAGAAGAAGUGAAGCAUGCAAAGCAUUCUUGGAGCACGUGGAAGAAAAACUCUCAAGAAGCUGGAAAACUGGAUUGUGAAGCUAAACACCACAACUCUCAUGGCACGAUGAAGGCGGCAGGCCAGCAGUGACGGCUGUCACAAAGUUCAAAACUCAGCUUCAUGAGGUCCGCUGCUGCUGUCGACAGCUGCUCAUUUGAUGUCCCACCCUCUCCGCUCACCCCAAAAAAUGACAAAUACGCAGAAGGCCACGCAAUGUGUGAUAGCUGCAAGCAAGCAUGUCUGGAAUAUCUGCAUUUAAUGCGCCCUCUAUGCGCACGUGCACACUCUCAAUAUAAAAUGCAGACAAUGUAUUACACUCCAUGACCUCACAGCUGACAUGUGUUUUCUUAUUUGAAACCCAUUUUAACCUUUGCAUUAUCUUCUAUUUUUUCCCAGUAAUUAAACGGGACUUGUGUGCUUAUUCUUCGAAAAUACUGUUUAUUAAAACUAUUUUCAUACA